AUGUCGACGACAACCAAGCCAAUGCUCUCUACAACUCAUGCUAUUUUUCGGGGCCUUCAAGACGAUGUUAAAAAGAUUAUUGCCACUCUUCCCCCAACAACACCUCCCAAGUUGAAGAAGGGCCUAUUAGAUGCGCAUCACAAACUCAGCGACUACUACUACAAGUAUGAUGAUUCACCGUUCUAUACAUGGGCUGCUCUUCUUGAUCCUCGAAUCUCAUACACCAAAGGGUUAAAGCGGGACUACAAAAAUGAUGCCGAUCUGGAUACUUAUCUCGAGAGCUCAAAGCAGCUUUUGCAAGACUACUUUGACCAUCACUACCCUUCUACAACAUCUAAUUGUCUUGAUACUCCAUCAUCCCCAGCAGCUGGACCAUUGGGAUCUACAUUCCUUGAUGGAUCUCCUCAAAAGGUAGACUUCACAUCUCAAUAUGAUGAUGACGAUGAUUCUGUGGUCACUGUGGAUGAGCUUGAGCGAUACUUCUCUCUCCCAAAGGAGAAUUUUCGGAUGACUAACCCACCCAUGACCUAUUAUCAAUCCCAGGUUCUGCAGUAG